AUGCCUCUUAGGGCGCAUUACGGGAGUCCGGCUACGGCAAACGAAGGCCUCCUACUUCUCCUUCCACGGGACUUUACGCACGUGGUGCCUCGUAAGGCGCAGUGCGGGAGUCCGGCUACGGCAAACGGAAGGCCGUCGACGAAUCGACGCCACUUACCGCACGGCAGCAGGAGUACCGGCUGUCGCCGUCGCUUGCUGUGCUGUCGUCGUCGUCGUCGUCGUCGUCGUCGUCGUCGUCGCCGACACUUCCUGUCCGCCGCGCCACCGGGCCGUCCGUCCGUCCGUCCGUCCGUCCGCUCUCUCUUUCAGUCUUUAGCAGACGAAUGCGGUUCUAAUUUCGCCGAUCGCUGCCGAGGCGGGCGACGCGCGUCCGGCUACGGCAAACGAAGGCCUCCUUCUAAGGAACUACGCACUUACCUUCUAAGGCGCAUUACGGGAGUCCGGCUACGGCGCAGUACGGGAGUCCGGCUACGGCAGACGAAGGCCUUCGACAAAACUACGCACUUUACGCACUUACCUUCUGAGGCGCCUGACGGGAGUCCGGCUGCGUGGUCCCAUCACCACUGUCCAGGCAGGCACGACACGCGUCCGGCUACGGCAAACGAAGGCAUUCGACGAACUUGGGCAUUUAACGAUUCUACGGGACUUACGCACGGAGCAAGCUAUCAGCUCGCUUGCGGCAGUCGGAAAGCGAACGAAAGAACGCGCGCUUCGUCAUCAUCGCUUUGCUGCGCAUUACGGGAGUCCGGCUACGGUGAACGAAGGGGCCGCCUUCUACGGGACUUACGCACAUGCCUCUUAAGGCGCAGUACGGGAGUCCGGCUACUACGGCAAACGAAGGCCUUCGACAAAACUACGCACUUUACGCACUUACCUUCUGAGGCGCAUGACGGGAGUCCGGCUACGGUAAACGAAGGCCACCGACGCAGCACUUCGGCACUACUUCGGGCUAGUGGACCCAUCACCACUGUCCGGGCACGACACACCAAGCUAUCAGCUCGCUUGCGGCAGUCGGAAAGCGAACGAAAGAACGCGCGCUUCGUCAUCAUCGCUUUGCUGUUCGGACACUUGCGAGAUGACGAGGCAUCUGCUCACAACUUAAGCGCAUUACGGGAGUCCGGCUACGGUGAACGAAGGGGCCGCCUUCUACGGGACUUACGCACAUGCCUCUUAAGGCGCAGUACGGGAGUCCGGCUACUACGGCAAACGAAGGCCUUCGACAAAACUACGCACUUUACGCACUUACCUUCUGAGGCGCAUGACGGGAGUCCGGCUACGGUAAACGAAGGCCACCGACGCAGCACUUCGGCACUACUUCGGGCUAGUGGACCCAUCACCACUGUCCGGGCACGACACACGUCCGGCUACGGCAAACGAAGGCAUUCGACGAACUUGGGCAUUUAA